AUGGUUGGUGCUGGUGCUCUAGGUUGUGAGUAUAUUAAGGCCUUCGCUUUAAUGGGUGUUGGCUGCUCAGAAGAGGGAAAAGUUGCUUGUACUGAUAAUGACAAUAUUGAAGUCUCAAACUUGAACAGACAAUUUUUGUUCAGAAAAAAUAAUGUUGGAGACUCAAAGUCUAGAGUAGCUUGUGAAAUCGCUCAUAACAUUAACAGCAACUUAAAUGUGAAAGAUUACUAGACUAGAGUUGGUGUUGAUACUGAAACCGUUUUCAAUGAUGCUUUCUGGGAGAGUCUCGAUUUCGUUGUUAAUGCUGUUGACAACAUCCACGCUAGACUCUACGUAGAUUAAAGAUGUGUUUGGUAUGCCAAGCCACUACUUGAAUCAGGCACACUCGGCACUAAGGCGAAUUCCCAAAUGGUUAUCCCACACAAGACAUAAUGCUACGGCGACUCUUAAGAUCCUCCUGAAGAAGCUAUUCCAAUGUGCACAUUGAGAAACUUCCCUAAUCAGAUUGAACAUUGUAUCGAGUGGGGAAGAGAUCUCUUCAACAAAAUUUUCCAUGAACCCCCCAAUGAUGCUGCUAGUUACAUUGAUAAGCCAGAAGCAUUCUUACACCAAUUGAAGAAAAAUAAUAACUCUACUGGAGUUAAACAAGCAUUUGAAGAAAUCAAAAAGAUUAUUGACUUGAAAAAAUCAGCAAACUUCUAGCAAUGCAUUGAGUUAGCAAGAAAUCAUUUUGAGUCACUGUUCCAUCAUGAAAUUGCUAACCUUCUCCAUAUGUUCCCAGAGGACUACAAGGAUAAGGAGGGUCAACCAUUCUGGUCAGGUCCAAAGAGAGCUCCAUCUCCAAUUCCAUUCAAUCCAGACGAUGAACUCCAUGUUCACUUUGUAACAGCAUGUGCCAACUUGAUUGCCCAUACUCUUGGAAUCCCCUAAAACAGAGACUCAAGCCUCAUUGCUCGCGAAGCUAAUCUUGCAAAAGUUCCAGAAUUCUAGCCAAGAUCUAUUAAAGUUGAACUUCCAGGAGAAGAGAGUAAAAGCAACUCAGAGCCAGAAGGCAAUACUGAGGACGAAGAAGUUCUAGCAGGACUCUUAUCUCAACUAAAUGUUGAAGAUAUUGGAGUGAGUUCAAAAGAUUUCUUUGCAGCAGAAUUCGAAAAGGAUGAUGACUCUAACUACCAUAUUGAUUUCAUCCAUGCUGCUGCUAACCUCAGAGCCAGGAACUAUAAGAUCCACGAGUGUACUCAGCAAAAGACCAAAAUGAUUGCAGGAAAGAUUAUUCCAGCUAUUGCCACCACAACUGCUAUGAUCACUGGUUGUGUUUCAGCUGAAAUCUACAAAUUCGUUCAAGGCUUCCCAGAGCUUGAAGUCUACAAGAAUGGUUUCAUUAACUUAGCUCUUCCCUUAUUCUUAUUCUCUGAGCCAAUUGAAGCUAAUAAGGCGAAGUCUAAGGAUUAUGAUGUAAUUGAAAUGAGUGCUGUCAAAGCUAUUCCUGAGGGUUUCACUAUUUAUGACAAGGUAAUUGUAAAUGGGCCAUUGACAUUCGAAUAAUUCUUCGAAGAAAUGAAGAGCAGAUUCAAUAUCGAGGUCACUCUUGUAUACUCUGGAGACUAACCUCUCUAUGAUACUUAUUCUGUUGGAAACAAGCAUGCUGUUAGAAAAUCCAGAAAUAUUGAGGAUGUUUACAGAGAGUUAUCAUCUGAGCCAAUUAUUGAAGGUAGAAAUUAUUUAGCUAUUGGACUUGGAGGUAACUGUAUUGGAGAAGACGCUUGCUUCAACAUGCCAAUCAUUAAGUAUUUUUUCUGA